AUUAGCACACUCAGAAUACACACACGCACACCCCUCUCAUAGUUAUUAAACACGUUUGUAUUGGUUACAUGGAAAACAAAAAUGCUAGUCAACUAGAACAACCCUUAUCUGUUGACAAAGUGUCUUACAGAGGCGUUCGCCAGAGGAAGUGGGGAAAAUGGGUGUCGGAAAUCCGAGAACCCGGUAAGAAAACCCGGAUUUGGCUCGGAAGCUACGAGACGGCCGAAAUGGCCGCAGCUGCUUACGACGUUGCGGCUAUUCACCUUCGUGGACGUGGAACACAUCUCAACUUUCCGGAGCUUGUUGACAGUUUUCCUCAGCCACAAAGCUCUAGUUCCGAGCACAUUCAAGCUGCUGCGCAGGAGGCAGCACUAAUGUUUAAACCGGGUGUGUUAUCUACUGAACCAGAUCUCGGGUCGGGUCUGGGACAUUCUCGGGUCGGAUUGUCUCCGGAUCAGAUUCAGGCGAUUAAUGAGUUUCCAUUGGACUCGCCAAGGAGGGGGUGGAUGCAGGAUUUGGAAGUGAACGAUUAUGAAGAGUUGUACGGACGAAUUUUUGGUCAAUGCGAUAGAGAUGAAUUUUUUGAAAUGCAGCAGCUUGAAUCCAUAUGGGAUUUUAACUGCUUUUGAUAUACGUGAUUGCUUAAAUAUUCAAUUCUUGUUAUGAUCAACCAUUUAAGGUUUGAGAAAUAGCUAGAUUCACCUUCUAGGAUGAACCUUUAGAUUCACUAUCCAAUAAGAUUUAAUUAUUUUAGAUUAUAUAUCUUUUUAGAAAAAAAUCAAAUAAUAAUAAUUUUGUAAAA